AUGGAAGAAACCAUGCACCUCUGCAUCAACUACCUCGACAGGUUUCUCUCCAGGAUCAGCAUCCCAAUUGACCAGCUCCAGUUGGCCGGAACUGUCGCCCUUUUGCUGGCAUCCAAGUACGAGGAAAUUCAAUCGCCUGCCAUUGCCGAGCUCAGUUUUUUGGGCGGUGACGCUUACCCCCCAUCGAGGAUACGACAAGCAGAGAUUGGGAUGCUCCGAGCCUUAAACUACGACAUGGGUGCGCCUGGACCUAUGAGUUUCCUCCGGAGGAUUUCAAGAGUCGACAACUUUGACAUUGAAACACGGACGCUGGCCAAGUACCUGGUUGACUUGACCCUCUGCGAUCACCGUUUUAUCGGCGUUCCAUCAAGCAUGGUAGCUGCAGUCGGAUAUCGGGCAUCCAUGCUUCUGCUGGACAGUGGCGAGUGGACGGCGCAGCACGAACAUUACUCAGGAUAUGCCGAGUACACCGUAUCGGCAGGCAUCAAUGUCCUCCUGACCAUGCUGGAGCAACCGGACCAGACGCACCAGGCUCUUUUCAACAAGUACAAGGACGAAAAGUUUAUGGAAUCGAGCACCUAUGUCCAGAGCCUUGGUCUUGCCAAACUUCGCGCCCUCCACUACAACACCUAG